GUAAGAGCAAUGCUAUUGGGACUUAAUUUACCAACCUAAUGUGCUGACUUAAUUCACUAUGACCUUUGGAUUGAUUGUGUCCUAAUUCACUAUGACCUAAUUCAAUAUUAUAACGUGAGCGUUAUAGGUCUGAGUUUUGGCUUAAGAUUUUGUAAUACAAACCUUAGCAAAUCAAGCAAUUUGUGGGAAAAUGAAAAUUGAAGUUUGUGAUUUACCCAAGAAAAUUGAAGUUUAUGGAUACUUGAGUACUCAGCACUUUUCUAUUUGCUUAAAUGGUCAAAGAUAUGGUUAUUUCCCAAAUUCCAGAGGUCUAAGGCAAGGAGACCCUCUUUCCCCUUCCUUAUUCAUCUUGGCUGAGGAGGUUUUGAGCAGAGGGUUGAGAAGAAUUUACCAGCAAAACUUGGUCUCUCAUUUUCAUAUUGGUAGAGGCACAACAGUCGUAAGUCACUUACUUUUUGCUGAUGAUACUUUGGUGUUUAUGAGGGGUACUAAAAGAUCAGUGUUGAAUGUUUUGAAAUAUAUUGGUGAGUAUGAAUCUUGUUCUGGUCAAAAGGUGAACAAAUCAAAGAGUGCUAUGUAUUGCUCUAAAAGAAUCUCAGUGGCAAGGAGGAAUUCUCUAUCUUCUUUGGUGGGGAUUCCUAUAAGAAAAUGUCCUUUUUCUUAUCUGGGUUGUCCCAUUAUCAGAGGUAGGGUGAAGUUUUGUUAUUUUGAGGACAUUAUGAGAACUUUCAGAAGUAGAAUUGAGGGCUGGUAUGCCAAGAUGCUUUCUGGAAUGGGCAGAAUUGUUCUUGUGCAAUCUGUUUUGAGUGCUAUUCCAACACAUAUGCUGGCCUGUUUGAAUAUUCCAAAGGGGAUUUUGAGGAAAUUGAAUUCCUACAUAGCUGACUUCAUUUGGUCCAGUAAGCUGGAUAUUAAAAGAAGACAUUGAGUUUCUUUGGAGAAUGUAUCUAAGCCUAAAAGUGAAGGUGGAUUAGGCAUUAGAUGCUUUGGAGAGAUUCAAUCUGCAUUCAGAAUUAAGCAGGUGUGGGGUAUUCUUAAUGGGCAGUCCUUAUGGGCAAAAGUAUUUAAAGAAAAGUUCCUUAAGGGAAGGCAUUUAUUGAGAUGUAGUAAUAAUGGAGCUAUGAGCUUCAAGAAUUUGAGACCCUGGUUUGAUUUUGUGGUUACUAAUUCUAUGGUUUUGCUGGGAAAUGGUCAGAGCACUGAUUUCUGGUGUGACUCAUGGAUGGAGAAUGAACCUUUGCUGCAUAGAAUUGAAGCUGUACCCUCUUACUUUCCCAAAGUUAAUGAAUUAUGGUAUGAUAGUGAGUGGCACUUUGAAGGGGUUGAUGAAUGGCUUACUCCUCAGUUGAAAGAUGAAAUUAAAAAUUCUAGUGUGUUGGUACCAGGGAAGGAUGAUAAAAGAGUAUGGAGUCAUACAAAUUCAGGGGUUUUUUCAAUCAAAUCUGCAUGGAAUCAAAUUAGGAGAUCCAAGGAACAUUGUGUUAUUGCACAGAAUAUUUUGGAGUCUGGAAAUUUCCCCCAGUGCUCAGCUGUGCACUUGGAAAAUUUAUAAGAAGGCAGUGACAACUGAUGAUAGAAUUAAAAAUGUUGGGGUAUUUGUAGUCAGCAAAUGCAGCUUAUGUGGUUUGGAUGAGGAAUUUGAUUCCCAUAUUUUUAUUCUC